AUGUUAAAUCUUGAAGAAUUAACUUUGGCUAUUUUUGUUCAAGAUCGAACAUUUCUCAAUGAUACUUCUCUUUAUAAUGAAAUUCUUGUUUAUAUGGGACAACUUAAUAUUUUUAACUUUUGGAUUUGUACUGAUAAGAUGAAAGAUGAUUCAAUUGAUCAUCUAUCUAAAGAUGAUAUUCAACAAACUUUUAUUAAUAUUAUAUUUAAACAAGUAGAAUGUAUUGUCAAUAACUUGUAUUGUAGUGCUCAAUGUCAUGUUUUCUCAUUACCAUUCAUGUUUAAUUAUUUCGAUUAUAUUGUUUGCUUUGAAAAUGUUCAUAAUGAUUAUAUUGAACAAUUUCUUAAUGAUACAAAAACACAUUUACCUCGUCUAACAAUAUAA